AGUCUGUAUGACAUGCUGCAUAUCGCUUGAAGAUGAUAUUCGAGCUUUUGUUUAAUUUAUACACGUUCAUGCGCUGCAUGUCAUGCAGCACUGUCGGGCUCCAACGCUGCAUGUCAUGCGCUGGCGCCCAGGUAGGCAGCUCACUCCAAUACACACGCACACAGCUAUUCUUCGCUCUCUUGCGCUCGCUCUCCUUCUGGUUGACACUCUCGCAUAUUGCCUUUCGACCAAAACGCGUUUACGUUCCGCGGUUUUGUCAGUCGGUUGCCGUCGCUUGUUGCUGUUAGAAGGAGACAGAGAAGGGGAGAGAGCGAAUUCCAUCUCUGUAAACGUUAAAAUUCGAUAAGCAAAUACAUUCGAUAAUUGUUUUCAGAUUGUAAUUAUCAAAUGUCAAAUUGUGCCGUAAUUUUAUCGCGUUGCAAAUACAAAUAUUGAAAAAUGGCUGGCCUGGAAUUGGAAUUUUACCGCUUGAACAAUACAAACAGGUAUAACCUAUGGAUAUCUAACCAGAGAAUGCAGUGCCAUCAGCUCCACAACGACAACAACUGGAAUUGAUAGCAAAUAGAAAGCAACCCGCCCGCUUUAAAGUUAUUUGAGCCACGGUCUCUCGAUCGAUAGAGAAAAUUGUUACUUUUUUGAGAGAUCAAAGACAAGAACCUCAUCAAUAUGCAGGUGCCCGAGCACGUCGUCUCCCUAUAUAUAGCCACCUGCGGCCAGAACGGGCCCGGUCUCGGCUCCGAUGAGAAGGAAAUCAUUCUGCUGGUCUAUGUUCUGCUGGAAGUGGCAACGGGACAGAUCAUUGGCACCAAACAAAUACUCGUACGGCCUGAUGGCUACUUCAUUAAGGAUCGCACCAUAUCUAGCUCAUCGGACAACUCGAAUGCUACAAACAACACAGCCUGCUCGCCGCCUCUAGCCAUUGGCUAUGCUGGCGAUAAUAGCUCAAAUAUUAACAACAAUAAUAAUAAUAACAACAACAUUACAACGAAUAACAUCACAAAUGCGAGCGGAAGCAGCGGGAACAGCGCCACAAACGGCAUAUGUCUGAGCACCUUGGAGAACAGCAGCGAACUCAUAUUGCCCAUUGCCGAGGCUCAAGCUGCUGGCAAGCCGCUCACCGAGGCUAUCGAAGAGUUCGAUGCCUAUUUACGCUCUCUAUCUCUGCACGAUACGGAGAUUAAACUGAUCACCGAUGGGCAGCUGCCGUUGCGCCAGUGCCUGCAUCGGGAGGCCAGCGCCAAGGACAUUGAGCUGCCUGCCUACUACAACAGAUUCAGCGAUCUGCGCAAGGAGUUUCAGCGCUACAAGUCGGGGGAUCUAUCGCGUGCCCUGGUGCCACUGAAGGACAUCAAGAAGAUGCUGCAGUCACCCGUUUUGCCCAUGCCGCAGUCGAUUGGUGAAAUGCUUAAAGAGCUCAGUGCAGCGUCUGUGGAAGAUAAUGAUUUCUAUAUACGCGAAUCUCGCGAUAUGGUCACUGUGAUUCAAACAUUGCUCCAGGCGGGUCAUAAAUUUGAUACAAAUGAGCUCGUUAAUCUAAUACUGGAACCUGGCAUUUGCUCAAUUGACGACGAGGUGGACGGCAAUUGCAUUGUGCGUGCCCGUGGUUUGCCCUGGCAGAGCAGCGAUCAGGAUAUUGCCAAGUUCUUUCGUGGACUCAACGUAGCCAAAGGCGGCGUUGCUCUGUGUCUGUCGCAGCUGGGCCGGCGCAACGGUGAGGCAUUGAUACGCUUUGUUUCCCAGGAGCACCGCGACAUGGCACUGAAACGGCACAAACAUCACAUUGGCUCCCGCUAUAUUGAGGUGUAUCGCGCCUCGGGCGAAGACUUUCUGGCCAUAGCCGGCGGUGCAUCCAACGAGGCGCAGGCGUUCCUCUCCAAGGGCGCCCAGGUGAUAAUACGCAUGCGCGGUCUGCCCUACGAUUGUACGCCCAAGCAAGUGCUGGACUUCUUUACCACUGGCGAGGCGCCGUGCCAUGUGCUCGACGGCAAUGAGGGCGUUCUGUUUGUAAAGAAACCCGAUGGACGCGCCACUGGCGAUGCCUUUGUGCUGUUCGCCAAUGAGAGUGAUUCGUCCAAGGCGCUGGGACGGCAUCGCGAGUCCAUUGGCCAACGGUAUAUUGAGCUGUUUCGGUCGACGACCGCGGAGGUGCAGCAGGUGCUCAAUCGAUCGAUGGACCCGAAGACCUAUGAGUCGAACAAUCAUGGCCAGCCGCCGUUGAUAGCACAGUUGCCCACCAUGCAGUUGCCGUUGCUGCCGCAGGUGGGUGCCGCCGCUGGCCACGCCCUCAACCCGCUGACAGCUAACGCUAGCCACGCUAACCUGUGCCCUCAACUUACCCAUGCCCCACAGCAUCUCAUCACCUCGGGCACCACCAAGAACUGCAUACGGCUGCGCGGCCUGCCCUACGAGGCCAUGGUGGAGCAUAUCUUGCACUUUCUGGACGACUUUGCCAAGCACAUCAUCUACCAGGGCGUGCAUAUGGUCAUCAAUGCCCAGGGCCAGCCCAGCGGAGAGGCCUUUAUUCAAAUGGACUCCGAGGAUUCGGCCCGGCUGUGCGCCCAGCGCAAGCACAAUCAGUUCAUGGUCUUCGGCAAGAAGUUUCGCUACAUUGAGGUCUUUCAGUGCUCCGGCGAUGAUAUGAAUCAUGUGCUCAAUGGCGGCCUCGGCUCGCCAGUGGCACCGCCGCCGCAUCCGGGCCAUGCGCAUUUGGCCGCUGCCGCCGCCGCUGCUGCUGCUGCUGCUGCCGCCGCCGCUGCGGGCAAACAGCCAUCGCUGCUCUCUCCGGGUAUGUUAGCUCAACCGCCGCCGCCACCCACCGGCGCUCAGGGCAUCGGCUCACACUCCCAUACACACGCACACUCACAUUCACACACGCAUGCGCACGCACACACACAUGCCGCUGCCGCGGCCGCAGCUGCUGCAGCUGCUCAUCAUGCUUUGCAAACAUCGCCGGUGGCCGCUGCCGCCGCUGCUGCCUCCAUGCUGGGCGCCACCUCACAUGCACCGCUCACCGCCGGCACGGCGAGCGGUCUAGCCGGCUUUAUGACGGCCUCGCCCACGGCCACCAUAUCCAGUCACUCCUCGCUGGGCUCACUGUCCAGCAGUGGCUUGGCCCAGGGUGGCCUCUCAGCGGCACAUGCCGGCUAUGCCUUUAAUCUCUCGCUGCCGCCCCUGGCUGGCGGUCAUUCGGCAGCCGCCGCUUCCAAUCCGGCGCUGCUCGCCCAACAGCAGGCACAGUUUAUAGCGCAGCAGAGUCUGCUCGCGCGUCAACAGGCGGCCGCUGUGGCCGCGGAGCAGCAGCAUCAUCAGCUCUAUGCAAAUGCCCAAAUGCUGCAGCACCAUCCGCUCUAUAUGCAGCAUCCGGGCGCCGCCGCUGCCGCUGCCAUGGGCGGCCAGCCGCAAUUUGUGCUCAUGCAGCGACCCUAUCUGCAGCCCUUUCAGCUGGGCUACAUGCCCACCGCGGGGGGCUAUCAGUUCGCCGGCGCCAGCUCGGCCGCACAGAGUGCCAGUGCAGCUGGGGCCGCGAGUGCCGCUAACAAUGCCGCCUUGGCGCUUCAAUCACAUUCCAUGAAGCGCUCCUAUGAGAAUGCCUUUCAGCAGGAUCCGACUGGAGCAGCGGCUGCAGCAAGUGCUGCCAAGCGUGCUUUGACCCGAGCGCCAAGCAGCGUUUACUCUUACUAUAAUCCGGGCAUUUAGUGGGGCUUAAUCAUGAUUGAUGGCUUGAUUGACUUCAAGCUCAUUUCGACUGGUUCUGUCUGUUAUCAAUCAUGGGUGAUUGUUGAAACUGCAGCUUUUCAAACAUAUUCCAUUUGGGCACUUGGAGCUUUUUGGUUGUUCUUUAUCAAUCACAUUUGAAUGAUGUGAAACUCCAACACUUUCAGCACACUCCAAGUCAUUUUGAUUUAUUCUCAAUCAUUUUUGAUUGCGAAAAAGAAAUAAAACGCUUCAAGUAAAAGCAACUUUUAUUUGUAUUUUAUCAAUCAUGAUUGAUUGGUCAAUUUUUACAUAAAUGACACUCCGACACUUCAAGCACAUUCCAAGGCUUAACAUAUUUUUUGUUCGUUAUCAAUCAAGAUCGAUUGAUUGACGCUUAUCAAAUUGAGCCUCUUCUUUUAUCAGGCGACAAUGUUUGCAAUGCAUCUUGAGUGGCAAAAAAUGCAAUCCAUAUACAUAAAUACCAUAGCUCAUCUUGGCCACACACACACACACACACAUACACAUAUCAGACAUUUUGUUAGCGCUUAAAUUCGUUUUUUUUAUUGUAAAUUUUUAUAGUGAAAUUUCGUAGUCGUAAGUCUAAGUCUUUUACAAAUUCAAGCGAAAAGUAAACGGAAAUACUUUUAAGCCUUUUGUCUAAGGUCUAAGCAUUGCACACAAACACGCACACAUACUGCACACACACACACACACACACCCACAAACACACACAUACACUA